AAUAAUAAAAAGGGGUUCUUGACUUUGUGUGUUUUGGACCUCCUUAGUUUGGUGAGGCAUGUGUAUACCUCAUAAGAAUAUUUUCAACUGCAAAUAAAAUCAAAAGUUCUUGAAAAAAGAGGUGUGAUUCCCCCCUUCCUUCCUACCCCAAUUCAAAUUCCUGAAUCUCCUUCACAGUUUAAGAAACCCUGAUUAAGAGUGAGUCAGUGUUAAUAGUACAAAUGAGAGGGGGCAUGAUUUAAUACCUAAAGUGCUACAUCUGAAAUCAGGAAGAUCUGAGUUCAAAUUAUUAGCCAUGUGAGUAAAUCAUUUAAUCAUUCUGAGAUUGUUUUCUGUUCUGCAAAGUAAUACUUAGAGCACUAACAGGGUUGUGUGAAUGAAAUGAUACCAUGUUUAUAAACACCCUUGUAAAGCUUAAAAUGCAAUCUCAGUGAUUAUACAUUGAAUGAAAUAAUUUGGAUAAUUGAAAGGUUGACUGGAUUUCUGAAAAUUCAUUCUCACUAUAGGAAAAAUAACUUUAAUCAUAUAUCUUUUUGGAAGGCAAAUCAGGAAAGUAAGUCAUUUAUAAAAUAUAGAUUAGUAUUCUCUCAAAAGAUUUUUCCCUAUUAAAUUUACAUAGUUAAGUUUUCAAAGAAAUAAAAAAAAACCUAUGAAACUAGGGAUUAUCUUUUCUAUUUUAUAUCUAAAUAAACCAAAGUUUAGUAUAAACCACAUUGCUCUUAAGUGUCAAAGAAAGUAUUCUAAUGCAAAUCUCCUAAUUCCACAUGUAAAUGUGGACAACUCAAGUAAAAUCCACAUUACUUGGUUGCUAAUGGUUACUGAAGUAAACAAGCAUAAUGAAAUUUAAAAGUUAAAAUAUAUAGCAGUUGUAAUUGGCACUUUAAAAAUGUGAUAGUCAUUAUAGGUGGAACUUUGAUAAAAAAUAUAUUUCUAAAAAUAAAGGUUGAUUAUCAUAAAGUCUUCAAUCUUAAAUUAAAAAAAUUAAUUUUAUCUCCUGGGAACAUCUAGGGGUGAAAGUUUUAAUAUUACCCUAAGGAGAUCUGUAUUUAAGCUUCUUCUAUAUAGCUUAAUUUUUGAUGAGAUGUAUUUCAUUAGCUUUUUUUCUUUGCUAUUUCUAAACUUAUCUUUGGAAUGUAUGUUUAAAUAAAAUAGUAGUGUUAGAUACAAUCGACCCUGAAGAACAAAUCACAUGGAAGUUAAUACAAGAUCUAAGCCUUUUUUCCCAUGGGACCUCUGAAGUAUUCCUAAUUGAAAUUUAACAGGCUACAAAGAGCCAAAUCAUUUUAGGAAAAAAGUGAGGCUGCAUUCAGUAAUUAUAUUUUAUUAAGCCCAUGGAAUGGUAGUCAUAUUAUUUCAUAUUUACUCACAAUUUCAGAAUGUUAUGGCCCUGGUAUUCUAAUCUUACAGAUAAUGUUGCAUGCUAGCUUACCUAAAUUUAAUAAACAUUAAUUGCUGCAUUUAUAAAUGGAAGGGAAGAAGUAGAAAUAAUAUCAUUUGUGGUAUUACAUUAAACCAUCCAAAAAUGACCAUUCCAUGAUAAUGGACUACUUUAUAGUACAUUAUUUCAGGGAUAACAAUAAGUCUCGUGGUGCCACAAGUUUUUUGGAUCAAGAUUUCUUAUUUGGUUAUCUGAUAAAAUAUAAGGGCGUUUUGUUGUUAUUUUUCCCUCUCAUUCUCUCUAUCCCCAUGAGCUUCAUAACACAUUGCCAGAUCCGUUGUUCGCUCAAGCCUCUAGGCAGCACUGAACUCAUAACUUUGUUAAGAUAAUUUAGCUGCUGCUCUAUAAGAGAAAUUUUAAGGAAAAGAGUAGAAAGGAUACUAGUAACAUGAAAAAAGUUAACACUGAUUUGAAUUUCAACCAGGCAUUUUCCACAAUCUUUUGGAAAAGCUAAUAGGCAAUGAAAUGGCUUAAAACACCAAGGUAAGAAAGAAAGAAAAGGGGGGAGAAACACUGCUCACACAAAAAAUGGACAGUUAAACUCUGAAUCAUUGAGUAGCAAUAAGGCACAUUUCUGUCACGAUCUCAUUUAGUGACUGGUAAAAUGUGUGGCAAGGGGCAAUGCCACUGAGAAUAUUUGAAAGUUAUGGUCCUGAGAAAUUUGUCUUCACUUUGAAAAGUCAUGUAUUCCAUCCUUUCUUCCCCAGUCGAUAAAAAAAAAAUUUUUUUUCUACCCAUCCAUGUUUCAACGUAGUAUAUUUUAAGAAACAAGCUUGGGGAAAACGAGGAAGCAGGUAGUUUUGUGGGGACGCCACUUGUUUGACGAUAAUAUUGAUAAGGGAAUACAGCCAAGGAGCCAGAUUCACUUUCUGGGUUGUCUCCAUCCUCUUUCGUGGAGAGGGAGUAAGGUUUCAGCUUAAGAUCUAUUUCUGUACUACAAGAAAGUUGGUCUAACUCUCACUUUCCCAUAUAGAUGCACACACACCCCUUGUCUGAUCUAUGUUUACAAAUGAGAGAGAUUUAACUAUCUUUAUGUAUCAGGUGCUUCUUCUCAGAGAAAAGCACAGAGCUAAAGAUUAACAGGUGCUUUUUCUUUGGUGCUUUGCCGUCAAUAGAAAAUCCGCGUCUUUCCCGUCUCGGAGAUUCUUUAUAUUGGUUUCCAGAGUGCCCGGCUCCCUCGGUCCUAGUUCUAAGUUGCCUCUUCCAGAACCAAAUUCACCAUCAAGUCCCGAGGUGGGCUGGGAGAGAAAGAGGAAGAGAAGAGCAGAGGGGAAGGCGGGGGCUCCCAGGUAAUUAUUGACAGAUUACCCACUGAGGGAAGCAGCGGUGGGCGAGACUGGAGAAGGCGCAGAGCGCGUGGAGGGGCGGGAGGGAGGCAUUAGGGCGCAGAGAUAAAGGGGUCCGGACUAGGAGCUAGGGCCUCACUCGCGCGCUCCUCUGCUACCCCGCAGGUAUCAUGAGCCCCUAUACUCCGACCAGCGCCGCCCCACUGCGGCUGCCCCUGCCUCUGCUGUGCCUGCUGUGCCUGCUGCGAGGCCGUUGUCUGCGCGCUGAUCCCGGGGAUGGAGCGCAGACUUGGGUUCGCUUCGCCAGCGCUCCGUCGCCCGAGGUCGCCGGCUUCCUCCAUGACACCUUCCCCGACGGCUUCCUCUGGGCAGUGGGCAGUGCUGCCUACCAGACGGAGGGUGGCUGGAGACAGCAUGGCAAGGGUGCCUCCAUCUGGGACACCUUUACUCACCGCCCCGUUGCUUCUCCGGAGGACCUUCCUUCCCAACUCCCAGCCCAGUCCCACUCCUGGUCCUCACAGCCGUCUCUGCCGCCGGCUCCGCCCAGUCCCGCCACGGGGGACGUGGCUGGCGACAGUUACAACAAUAUCUUCCGCGAUACCGAGGGGCUGCGUGAGCUGGGGGUCACCCACUAUCGUUUCUCCAUCUCGUGGGCUCGCGUGCUGCCCGGUGGUGGCGGCAUGGGCGCGGGUCCCCCCAACCUCGAGGGACUGCGCUACUACAAGCGCCUGCUGGAGCGGCUGCGCGAACUCCGCGUGGAGCCCGUGGUCACCCUCUACCACUGGGACCUGCCCCAGCGCCUACAGGACAUUUUCGGAGGUUGGGCCAACAGCACAGUGGCCGACCUGUUCAGGGACUAUGCUGAGUUCUGCUUCCGCCACUUUGGGGACCAGGUCAAGUACUGGAUCACCAUAGACAACCCUUACGUGGUGGCCUGGCACGGUUAUGCCACAGGGAGGCUUGCCCCUGGUGUGCGGGGCAACCGGCAGCUCGGUUAUCGGGUGGCCCACAACCUGCUCCUGGCCCAUGCUAAAGUCUGGCAUCUCUACAAUACAUCUUUUCGUUCAACUCAAGGAGGACAAGUAUCUAUUGCACUUAGUUCUCAUUGGAUCAGUCCCCGAAAGAUGACUGAACGUGAUCUAAAAGAAUGUCAAAAAUCUCUUGAUUUUGUAUUGGGCUGGUUUGCUAAACCAAUCUUCAUUGAUGGUGACUACCCACAGAGCAUGAAGGAAAAUCUUUCAUCUCUUUUGCCAAAUUUUACUGAAUCUGAGAAAAAUUUCAUCAAAGGGACAGCUGACUUUUUUGCACUUUCCUUUGGACCAACUCUGAGUUUUCAGCUCUUGGACCCUCAUAUGAAGUUUCGACAAUUGGAAUCACCAAGUCUGAGGCAACUUCUCUCCUGGAUAGACCUUGAAUACAACCAUCCUCAGAUUUUUAUUGUGGAGAAUGGCUGGUUUGUUUCAGGCACUACCAAAAGGGAUGAUGCCAAAUAUAUGUAUUAUCUCAAAAAAUUCAUUAUGGAAACUUUAAAAGCCAUCAGAUAUGAUGGAGUCGAAGUCAUUGGUUAUACUGUUUGGUCCCUCAUGGAUGGCUUUGAAUGGCAUAGAGGAUACAGCAUUAGACGUGGAUUGUUUUACAUAGAUUUCCUAAGUCAUGAUAAGAAGCUGCUACCAAAGUCUUCAGCCUUGUUUUACCAAAAGCUGAUAGAAAGAAAUGGCUUUCCUUCUUUGCCAGAAAAUCUACCAAUAGAAGGGACAUUUCCUUGUGGCUUUGCUUGGGGAGUUGUUGACAACUACAUUCAAGUAGAUACAACUCCUUCCCAGUUUAAUGAUCCAAAUGUUUAUGUCUGGGAUAUCCAUCAGAGUAAAAAGCUUAUUAAAGUUGAUGGGGUUGUGACUUCAAAAAGGAAACCUCAUUGUGUGGAUUUUGCUGCCAUCAGGCUCCAGGUUUCUCUGCUUCGGGAAAUCCAUAUAACUCAUUUUUACUUUUCACUGAAGUGGGCCCAGAUUCUCCCUUUGGGGAACCAAUCUCAAGUCAAUUAUACCAUCUUACAUUAUUAUCGCUGUUUUGUAAGUGAACUCAUCCGUGUCAACAUAACACCUGUUGUUGCAUUAUGGCAACCAGCCCCUGAGCAUCAAGGCCUUCCCCUCAUUUUAACUAAACAUGGAGCCUGGGAGAACCCCCUCAUUGUUCAUUAUUUUGGAGAAUAUGCCAGACUGUGCUUUAAAGAACUUGGCCAGUUUGUUAAGUUUUGGAUUACAAUGAAUGAACCUCACAUACAAAAUAUGACGUAUAACGCAGGACAUAAUCUGUUGAAGGCCCAUGCACAAGCCUGGCAUAUGUAUGAUCAACAUUUUAGAAGAUCUCAGAAAGGUAAAAUAUCUAUAGCUUUACAGGCUGAUUGGGUAGAACCAGCCUGCCCUUUCUCACAAAAAGAUAAAGAAGUGGCGGAAAGAGUUUUGGAAUUUGACAUUGGCUGGCUUGCUGAGCCCAUUUUUGGCAGUGGGGACUAUCCAUAUGUUAUGAGGGAAUGGCUGAACCAAAGAAACAAUUUCUUUUUGCCUUAUUUCACUGAAAGUGAAAAGAAGCUAAUCCAGGGAUCAUUUGAUUUUCUUGCUAUAAGUCAUUAUACCACAAUCCUUGUGGACUGGGAAAAAGAGGAUCCAGGGAAAUAUAAUGACUAUCUAGAAGUACAAGAAAUGACAGAUAGCACAUGGUUAAACUCACCAGGUAGGGUAGCUGUGGUGCCCUGGGGAUUACGCAAGGUGCUUAACUGGUUUAAGUCCAAAUAUGGAGACAUCCCUGUGUACAUAAUAGCUAAUGGAAUUGAUGAUGAUCCACAUGUGAUGCAAGACAAGAUGAGGAUGUAUUAUAUACAGAAUUAUGUCAACGAAGCUUUAAAAGCCCAUGUAUUGGAUGAUGUCAGACUUUGUGGAUACUUUGUUUAUUCAUUUAAUGACCGAACUGCUCCAAAGUUUGGCCUCUACCGUUAUGCUGCAAAUCAGUUUGAGCCAAAACCUUCAAUGAAUCAUUACAGGCAAAUUAUUGACAACAAUGGUUUUCCCGGACCGAAAACUCUGAGGAGAUUUUGUCCAGAAGAAUUCAUCCUGUGCACUGAAUGUAAUUUUUUUCAGACUCGAAAGUCUUUAUUAGCCUUUAUAGCUUUUCUAUUUUUUGCAUUUAUUGCCACUAUUUCCCUAAUUUUUUACUACUCUAAGAGAAGUUAAAGGAAUUAGAAAGUGUUCUGGACUUUUCUUCUUUCAAUCAUCCUUUUGGUAGUUCUGAAGAUUUGCACAAUAUUUGAUGUAAUGUUUGGAGGCAUUUCCAUGGUCAAACAUUAUGAAACUAUAGAUUUCACACAUGGCUUUUAUAGCAAAACUUUUUUUAUGCAGUAUAACAAAAUUUCAUAACAAAUGAUUGUUUUCAAAAUUUUGAAUUUGAAAAUCCCUAUUGAAAUUUAGUAAUUGGACAUUUUUUCCCCUUGGGAUAAAAUCUGAAAUGUGAAUUUCAAAAAGCAGAAACAAUUGAAUCUACUAAAAUCAGCAUAAUAUUUUAACAAUAUUUUAAAUACUAUAUGUUCUCAUCAAGAGAAUGGUAGCUUUUCAUUGGUAACAUUGAAUCCAUCAUCCCUAUUCUGAAUGGGACUACUCCCAUAGAAGAAAAAUCAGAAGCAUUUGGAUUAGAAGAUUGGGACCAAAUCAAUUGGCUCCAGUUCAAUGCCACAAUACACCAUGGUAUAGACCUCUUGGCUGAUUUGAAAGUUUUCCAUGAAAAAGUUAAUGAGAAAAUAUAGAAUAAUGGGGAAAAUAAGAGUAACAAAAAUAUGAAAAGCUGCAGUGUAUUCUGAAGCACUACUGAUAGUUACAGAGUUGAUAUUUGUUUUAAAGAAUAAAGUCUUGUCCUGCUUUUAAUAGGAAAGGAACAUUAAUUAUAGUGUAUGAAAUGUAAAAUGUGGCGUGGCUUGGGAAAAGAGAUUGGGGAGAAAAAGUUUAUCAAUCAUUACCUUUAAGUCUGAUGUUCACAGCAUGUGAUUCAUUAUAAAUUUCUUAUUUUUUCUAUCAUAUACUCAGGCCUUGAAAUGUAGGCUUGCCUAACUUGCAACGAGGAAAAAUGUGAAUAUUCUUCCAAAUUUCAAAGAGCAACUCAGAAUGAGUUUAUGCAGACACCAUAAUUUGGAUUUUUACUGUAAAUAUUUGAACAGCAUAUAACUAAAUAGAUCUGAUCUUAAGACACUGGAAAAUUGAACACAAAGAUGUUGGGAGAUAUAGAUAGAUAGACAGAUAUAAAUAUCUAUAGAUAUCUAUAUAUGUAUAUAUAAAAGAUAUGUAAUGUUAUAUAUAGUAAAUAUUAUGUUUUUGCUACAAAUUAUAUGGAGCUAAUCUUUAAUUAUUUGUUGGUUCUUAAUGGAAACUUUCAGCAAGUCCUAGAGAUGAAUUUGAACUUUUCUCCAUCUUCUAAUAUUUCUUUAAACAGGACAUUUUAAUUUUGUUACUAUUUCAUAGGAAUACAAUAGAAUAUUUUAUUUAAAUUAUGUUGGACAAUUUAUGGUCUUAUAUAUAGGUCACCUGAGUUAUGUCAUGUUUUUAUUCUAUUAAGCAAAGUUUUAAGGAACAUUAUUUGACUUUCAGUAUAACUAAAUCAAAGUAAUAAUUAGUCAUGUUAUAACAGAAUUCUCUUGUUUUAUAAAUUUUGUAUCAUGUACUAUUACAUGGAAACUCUUUUCCUAAUAGAGAUACAAAUAGGGAAUGGAACUUGUUGGCAUGAGGAACUCCUUAAUGAUGCAAAUUAUCCAGCAAAUUGCUGUAUUCUGGAAACUGAGAGUGUCAGAUUGUUUCCCAGAGCACUGAGGAGUGCUCCGGUCAUGUAAAAAAAUUUGUGUGUGUCAAAAACAGACUUGAAGCUAGUUUCUUCCUGAUUCCAGGAUGGCUCUGCCCAUUAGAUUAUACUGCCCCUUGGGAUAUAUAGGUUUGGAUUUUAUCUGCAGAGAGAGCCUAAAGUCACUCAUUCACAUUAAGGAAAAAAAAAAGAACUGGCUUUUAAUACUGAAAAGCACAUAGUGAUUAUUUUAAAAUGUUUUCUUUAGGCUUAAGUUUAGGAGGACCUAGGAGACCUAGAAAUUUGAAAAUCCUUAAAAGGCCUCUUAAAAGUCUUUGAAAUCUGUUCUGGGUAGACUGGCAAACACAAGGAUAAAAAUUUAUGUCCUAGUUCUUAAAAGGAUUAGGCAGAAUCAAAGAAAGUAUUAAACUUUCAAUUCAUUAUCAUUUUUCCUUCUACUCCCCUAAAAAGUAAAAUUAUUCUUUCACUCAUUUCUUCAUAAAUUACCCAUAAAAAAGACCAAAGAUAUAUUUUACUUGAAUUCCAUUGUCAUUAAGAGUAUGCACAAGUAGGUAAGAUCACAGGUCCCCCUCACCCUUCUCCAAUUUUUGUUCUUUCAUUUCCACUUAAUAAAAAAGAUUAUACUGAUUGAGAAAGGCAUGGAAUUUUAACAGGCCGAUUCUACAGUGACAGUCAUAAAUAUGAUUACUACAUCUCAUCAUGAAAGCUGGUCUCCUAAUUCCUCCUUAUUCUCCCCAUGCAUCUCCCUCAUGAAGGUUUCCUUUAUCUCCAUUGCCAUAACCUUAUAAUCUGUCACUUAUUUGAUGUACUAGCUAUUUCCCCUUGACCUUCCACCAAUGUCAGCCUCCCAGUUUUCAAUCUUGGCUAAUCCUUGCUAUCUGUUUACUUAUGUUGGUGAAACUGUUCUCUCAAAGGUCACCACUGACUACUUUUCAUCAAUCCAAUAGUGUUUUCUCAGGUCAUUUACUCUUUGAUCUUUCUACAGAUUUUGACAUUGUCACUUAGUACUAUUUCUAGACACUAUCUCAUCCUUAAUAAGACACUCAUUUAGUAUCCAAAAUAACAGAAUCCAACAGCUUUGUCUCUUCCCCCCUGUCAUGCCUAUAUCUUUGUGCUCCAGGUAAACUGGAAUAUUAGCUAUUUAACCUUUUCUCCCUUUGUUCCUUCUUUCCUUGCUUUUCCCCCUGUUCUUCCUCCUUCCUUCCUUCCUUCUUUCCUUCCUUCUUUCCUUUCUUCCUUCCUUCCUUCCUUCCUUCACCUCUCCCUCCCUCCCUCCCUCCUUUCUUUUUCUCUUUCUUUCUUUCUCUCUCUCUUUCUUUCUUCCUUCUUUUCUUUCUUUCUUCUUUCCUUUCUUUCUCCACACAUUCCCUAUGCCAAGAAUGUUUUCUCCUCUUAACUUAUUAAAGUAUCACUCUUCUUUUAAAGAAAACCUCAAAGGCUACCUCCUCUAUGAAGCCCUUCUUUCCAAACCUCCCUCUGUCAGUAAUGUUUUUCCUACCAUAGCACUUUUUUAUGUUAUAAUUUAUUUCUCUGUUAUAAUUUAUGUUAUAAUUUGUUUCUCUGUGUGGCUAUGUCAUAUUCUCCUACUAGAUUGAAAAUUCCAUGAGCAGGGAUUUUCUUAUCAAAACUUUGUAUCUCUUUGGUAACAACAGUUCUCUGAACAUAGAAAAUGUAUUAAUCAAAAUGAGAUUAGAAGUGGUAUUUGUUUAUGGGAAACAAAUAUUCAGAUAAGUAUGGAAAUGUAACUAUAUUUUCUUUAAGAGGAAAAAACCAAAAGUCUUAUCAAUCUGACUAAUCUGUUAGUCUAUUAGAUUUAGAAUUAUAUUAGCUCUCUUUUGUGCAAAUGAAAUACAGUAUACAUUGAUAAUGAAAAAUCUAGUUAUAUUUAAAACAGAUUAGUAUUGACUCUAUUUUGUUGUAAAAGUUACUGUUAAUUUAUUGUCCCUUUCUUCUCUGGUACUAUAUGUUCUAGUUGAAUCCAUUAACUAAGAUUCACCUUGGAUAUUCAGGGAAGAAAAAUUGAGCCUUGACAAAAGUAUUGUAAUAAGCUACCAAGUUACUGCUACCUCUUUGUUCUUACUUUAUGACUACUAAUGCUUGAAAAAUUCUGUUUUUCUCACCAAUAAAUUUAGCUUUGUGGAAUAAGACGAGCAUUGUUCAGCAGAGUAGGGGAAAACACGAAAUCUAAGAGUGUUGAACUGUGGUUGGGAGGUCAUAACUUCAAGGAAAGAAAGGCAUUAGUUUCUAAAGUCAAAGAGAAAGGUCAAAGUAAUGAAAAAAGCAAACAAUUCAAACAUAUUGGCUGACCUAACUUCAUUGCUUUAGGAUAUACCACUAUUGAUGAAAUGAGAGAUUUAUUAAAUUAUUGAAAUUUCAAUCAUAACCAAAAUAUCAUGUGAAUUUUGUGGUUGUGCAAUAGAAAAAAAUUCUGAGAUCAUUUAUUGCCUAGGAGCAAUUGCCUACGAUGCUAGAAGGGCCAGUAUCCUUAUGAAGGCAGCUCAGGGUGGGAGGAGAGUACAAGUUCAUAGUAGUUUUCAACAGGAACCUAAUUAAUUUUCUACUUUUGCCUGGUGAUUACUGGAAUUAAUUUGGCAAGUGUUAUAUAAACCCAACUUAUCAUAUCUAUUCAUUAAAUCAAAUGUUAUGAGGGUUUCUGCUGGCUAAUAACAGCUAUUUGUAUUCAAAAGUAAUUAAAUUAUUUUUCUUUAAAAAUAAAAUGUUUUAAACUUUUAAAAGUAAAUAAAGUUUGAAACUGUGUCUAAACUUGUUUCAUUUUUUGAGGUAUUUGGGGUUGUGACUUGCCCAGGGUCACACAGCUAAUAAGUAUUAAACGUCUGAAGCCAGAUUUGAAUUCAAGUCCUCCUGACUCAGGAUCAGUACUUUAUCCACUGCAUCGGCUAGCUGCCCCAACAGUGACUAACUUGAAAGGAAAAUUGAUAGUCACCACUGAUCAUGUCUGAUGUGAACGUAUUAGCAUCUAUUCAAAGAUGGAGUGACUAAUUUACUAAUAUCACUGAUUGGCUAGGUUUGAUAAUUGAAGAUGUUAUGGGUGCCAUAUACUCAUAACUCCUUCCAGAUCACAGAAUUCAAUUGCAAGAAAGAAAAACUAUGAAAUACAGAAUUGUUUUGUUUAUAUAGGGGGAAUUCAGGAAAUCUUUCUCUGGUAAUAUGUCUCGUGCAUUUAGACAUUGAGAAAUAAAAUGGAGAACAAGUUGAUACAAUGCAAAAAAGUCAAAGUUCUGAAACAUGUACAUACAUAUAUACAUAUAUAGAGAAUUACAUAUCUUCAUCUAUGAUUAUCUAUCAUAGGUCUAUCAUCUAUCAUUAUCAAGUUUCUAUCUAUCCUAUUAUCUAUACAUCUACUUAUCUAUAACUCACAUUUCUCUUCAGAAAAAAAUCAUACAUCUUACAUCUCUCUUAGCCCCACUGGGAUGUAAGGUCCUUGAGGGCAGAGGCUAUUUUGUCUUCAUUUUAUCCCUAGCAGCUAAUAUAAUGUUCUACAUAUAGGCAUUGAGUGAAUGCUUGUUGAAUUGAAUGUCAUGUCUCUAUUUCCUGGUUCAGGUAAGUUUCUGCCUUAACAGGGGUUUUCACCAAAUUUUCUAAUUUGCACAUGAAUCCAUGGUCUAAUCUAUUUAGAUAUUUCCUCCAGCCUUACUGACAAGAUCUUCAGUGCUGAGUGUGAUUGGCAGAGGAAUUGAUAAAAAUUAAUCCCCGAGGCAGGCAGGGGGAAGGCACUGAACGAGGUGUUUAGUCCUGUGGUCCCACUCUCUGAGGAGGAUGACCAAAUCUCUGAGACUCACCCUCUCUAGGAGUUUGGGGCACUCUCACCUGCCAAGUCCUGUCAGAAAUCUUAGUCAUUUCCCAAUAAAAUCUAUUUAUGGGCCAUCCCAUGGCUGUUGCCUUCCUUUGCGUCAGUCUGCCACGGCACUCUGACCUGUGUUGUCUUUCUCCUUACCCAUCUCCCCAUGCCACAGGGUACCUUCCUGAACCCCAACAAGUCAUCUCUCCUGACCCCAUUUCUCCUCCUAACCCUUUUAGGGCGUUAAGUUCCUUUCCGGAUUUGGUCUACCAGCUAAGGGCUCCUUUUCUACUGGAUAAUUGUGAGUUCCACUGAGGAACUUGUCUUUUUAUGCUCUCUCACUCUAUUUCAUAUUUAUCAUUCCUGGUGUCUAUUGUAUCCCUUCAUUUUGUCUGUAACCUAUUCCCCUAAAUCUACCUUUUACCAAAGAGAAUGGCCAUUGCAAUUCUUCACAUGACCGAACCCCAAUUUUUAGGGCCUACCAUCACCUGGUGUCUACAUCACAUCAUUAGCAAUCAAAACCCAUUCAUGAUUCUUCAUCAACCCUUGUCCUCUCAUAAGCUUACUGCAGGGCAUCCUCCCACAUAUUAGGGGCUUUCUACCUGGCUUUCUAUUGAAAUCCUAAGCACAAAUUAUCUACCUGUCAUUUAAGCACAGAUUAAAAAUCUAGGCAGAGAAUGCACUUCUGCUCUAAUUUAUUUUCUGUGAGGCUUCUUCUCUUUCCUCUUUCUUACUUAUUUUUUCCCCAACUGCUCCUAAACUGGUCAUAUGCCUCUUCUUAAGUCUUUAUCAUGAGUUUAUGAGGUAAUUUUCUCUCCCUAUUCUUUCCCCCUUUGUUCAAACUAAUCCUAUCCAAAAAGUAGAUUUAUAGGGAAAUGACUGGGGAUUCUGACAGGGCAUGGAAAAGUGAGAGUGCCCAAGAUGCUUACAGAGGAUCCUGCCUGCUGUGGACUUCUCCCAUUCUGCCACCUUUGAAUGUCAUCUCUUUGAUCUUUGUAUCUCAGUAUCUAGCAUAGUGCCUCAAGCACUGUGAGCACUUAUGCCUAUUGAGGAAUUGAUUGAAUUCUGCCUGUUGAAAUUCUUCCCUCUAAAACCCAGUUCAAGUGCCAUCUCCUGGGUGUGUUUCCCUCCCCCAUAUUCACAAACCCAGAAAUUAGUUUCUUUAGACCUCUAAAAGAUUUCUGCUUGAGCCUCUCCUCCUCAAAGACAAUAUGCUAAUAUCAUUUGUCUAGAUUUUAUCUAUUAGAUAGCGAGUUCCUUGAGGGAAGAGAUUGUCUCUCACAUGUAAAACAAUCUUUGUAUUCCCAGGUGCCUAGCACAGUGUAGACACUUAAAUGCAUUAAACUGAAAUCCUUAACUCUUAGAUUUCAAGGCCUUCUGGAUGGGGAGUAACCCUUUAUUCAAAUUUCUAAAAUGUUUGUAUUAUAAUUUACAGUUUUUCCAUUUUUCAUCAUGUUUCGUGAAACAUGCACUCAAAAAACUUUCUAAGUCUCAAUAGUUGGAGAGAGACAUUGAAAAAAAGUAAAAAAGUACCUAUGGCAAAGAAAGGAAGAAUAUAGUAGCAAGGGGAGACAAGGAGUAUCCAACUUCCCCAUUGGUCAAAAUAAAAAAGUUCUUCAUUAACAGAGACUUAGUAGCUUAUUUUUUUUUUUAAGUAUUAAAUGUGACAUUGGAAAAGUGCAGCUAGACAACUACUUACAUAUUGAGUCUGUAGUGUACAUAGUCUCUAAUCCUAUCACAAUAAUCAUUCUUUCCUCAUUUCACUCAUUAGUAAUUUUAAAAAACCAAAAUAAAACAUGAUUUUACUCCUGAGGGUCUCUUACACUAGUAGGGACAAAUGUGAUUAGUUUUGAAGUCAAUAGCUGUUGCUGCUGUUGUUAUCUCUGUCUCUGUCUCUGUUUCUCCCUGUCUCUCUCAAUAAUUGUAAUAAUUCUGAAUUUUAAUAGGUUAACUAAAACAAGCAAAAAUUACUGUUUCGAUUUGUUUCAGUAAUAAUAGAGCUUUGUCUAGACCAGGUUUUCUACAAACAUCAGAUUAAAGAACUCUUCAGGAAAGUCUGGCAGGAAAGAUUUCCAACUUUGUUCUUUGGAAAGAAUCAACAUUAAAAGCAUCAACUUUGCAAUUUUUAUAUUCAUUAUUUAGGAGGUAAAUAACCGAAAAUUCACAAGACUGAUGGCAUUAUUGUAUUAAAUAAAAACACAAGUAACAUUUAUGGAAAAAGUCUUUAAUAUGUGCUUCAAUACUGCACUUUAUAUAUAAAGUGUUAUUUAAGCAAAUAUUGAUUUUACAUGUUUAUAUAGGAAUAUUUUUCGAAUGUUCACCCAGGGUAAUAUUUAAUCAAACAGUUGCAUUUCUUUAUAUGAGGUAGUAGUGUAGCCUAAGACACAAAUGCAACUCAAAGUAUUUUUAGUUGUACUUGUGUAUCAUCUACAUGUAAAUCAAAGCUUUGACACACAUCCAAGGUGGUUAUUAGAUGUGCUGAGCCUGAAGUAUUUGAAGGCCACAUUAUCAUGCCUAUGAGACAAAAGAUAUAAUCAGAUUUUAAAAUUUUAAAUUAGGUGGAAUUAUUGACUUCUUGUUAAGUGGCCUGUAGAUUUCAAGUGUCACACUCAUUUGAAAGCUGACAACAGUGAUUAAAACAAAGCAGGACACCAAUAUAGAAUUAGCAAGCCAAGGAGAGAGAAUGAACAGGGGAAGAAGUUCAAGACAAUGUGAGGAAACUGAAUUAUAUUUUGUUUCAUAUUUCUUCCUGGUCUCUUCCUGUUAUGUUUGGGGUCUAUCAGCAGCCUCUACUGACAGAAAUUCAAUCCUCUUAAGAAAAACUAAAAUACUAUUGUUCCAAACUCAUUUCAAAUACAAGGGAGUCUAUGAAAUUUUAGUCUUCUUUCCUAGUGCUUGAAAACUUAGCUAUUUUAUUUGCUACCUGAAUGCCCCACAAUGUUCAUCCCCCAAUUGAGUGUUCAUAAAAGUAAUAAAAGGAAUUUGUAGAAUAUUUCCUUUGUGUUUAUGUGACCAUGUAAUGUUUUGCUAAUCCAAUUUCUGUUGUGAGCUGUAUUCUCUGUUUUCAUUGUUGUUUUUAUAGAUAUUAGUGAUUGAGUACUUUGUUGUGAAAUGCACCUAUAUAAAAUGUCCAGAGUGAAUAAAUAGCAACAUCAGAAUUUUUUUUCACUUUUCAUAAUUUAAUAUGUGUCUGAUCGACUCAUUCCAUUUAAAAAAUAAAACAAAGAAAUCUGGAUGUUAGUUAAGAAAAAUCAGCUCUAUAAAUUGUACUUUGUUGUUUUCAGUCAUUCUGAUAAAAAUAUACAUGUUGGUCAAUUUUCUGAAAGCAAUCCACUAAGAGUAUUGUUGUAAUUUAAAAAGUAUAUAUUUUUAUUCAAACUAUUUUGUGAUAUGAGUGAAAUGUGACCAUUUUAUUUCUGGAUGUAGGUUAUGUGAAGUCAUAAUAAUAAAAAUAGUUUACAAACCA